UGGGCCUUGCUGGCCCUUUGGAUGUGCCUGCUGGCCGCCGGGGCCACCGGCGAGACCAUGAUCGAGGUGGACGAGAACGGGGACGAGUACGAGCUGAAGCGAUUCUACAUCCAGGGUCGUCAGCUGCGCGGCGACGGCAGCCAGUCGCAGUGCGUGGUCACCAGGAGGAAGCGGUCGGGUCGCGGCAUUCAGGCGGGUGCCGUGGCACCAGGAUCAGUGUCGGUCAGCUCCCAGCCGCUGACGGUGGAGAGUCUGCCGGCCAAGGAGCACCGCGAGGGCGGAGCCGUGCUGCAGGAGGUGGAGAACAGCAACAGGCGCUUUGUGGCCCUGACGGGUGUUCACCUGGAGUCGCCUGUGCGCCAGGAGGAGCAGCAUGAGGCCGAGGAGAACGACGACGACGAUGACGAGGGAAACGAGGGGGACGAGGACGAGGCGGAGGAGCAGUCCGCCAAGUCGCAGUCCAACUAUGUGCCCGCCGCCCUGGCCCUGCCCCUGCAAAGCCAGACCACUGCCGCGCAUCUCAAGCAGGGCGUCAGCGUGGUGGCCAACGCCGCCAGCCAUGCCAACGUGGGCGAGGAUGCCGGCAUCGUGGUGGUCCAGUCGCACCAGCCGCCCAAGGUCAAUCCAGACACCCAUGCCGUCUUCGAGCUGAAGCCCGUCCAGCCGGACGUGGACCACCACCACGCGGCGGUGAGCUUCUACCCGUUCGUGCAGCCCUGGGAGGUGGUGGACGAGCACGAGGAUGACUACGAUGAGGAUGACUACGAUGAGGAGGACUACGACGACUUCUACUACGGCGGCAAUGGCUACUACAGGGAUCAGCCUGGCUUCCAUGGGCUGGGCGCCUUCGAGGAGGAGAUCAUCACCGAGGAUCAGCCGGUCACCACGAUUGCCAGCUGGACCACUGGCGAGGAUGACAGCGAUGUUCGUCCUGCGGCCAGCAAGCGACCCAAUCAGAAGAACAGGAACAAGAACCAGAAGAACAAGAAGAAUCAGCACCAGAGGAUCCAAAACCAGAAGAACAGGCGACAGCAGCAGAAGAAGCGCCAGGAGGAGGCUCAAGCGGAGGAGCAGGCUGCGAAAAGGAAGCAGAAGAAGCCGCAGCCGCAGCAGGACAAGGACCAGAAGAACAAGCAGGAUAAGGAUCAGAAGAAGAAGAAGCCUGAGGAGAGUGCUGACAACCAGGAGGUGGGUCAACUCACCCCGGUGGAUGUGAUCAAGAAGCCAGUGGCCAUGGAGGCGACUUCGGCGGUGGCGGCCUCUUCUGCGACUGCAAGCACUAGCGGAAGCAAUUCUUCGGCCAGCAAUUCUACAGACCAGAAGAAAAAGAAGAAGAAGAAGCCAGCCAGCAGCAGCAGCAGCAGCAAUCUCGGCCAGCGCAAGACCAAGAAGAAGAAGAAGCAGUCCAGCAGCAGCAGCAUCUCCUCCAGCAGCAACAGCAAGAGGCGUCGCCGGCCCAGCAGCAACAUGGGCUCCUCCUCCGGCUCCUCCGGCGGCAGCUCCUCCAUUGGAGGCUAUCGUCGCCGCCGGCCGCAGCAGCAGUCGCAGCAGCAGCGUCGCCGCAAGACGCAGCAGCAGCAGCAGCAGCAGAAGCGCCGCCGCCAGCAGCAGCAGCAGCAGAAGCGUCGCCGCCAGCAACAGCAGAAGCGCCGGCGCCAGCAGAACCGCCAGUUCUACGGCAACGAGCCCAUCAUCAACUGCAUCUACAUCAACAAGGACCCGCCGACCACCACCACGCCGCGUCCCUUCUGGAACCUGCUGGGCCGCCAGUCGGAGGCGGAGACGGAGUCCUCUUCCAAGUCGGCGGAGCCCGGCGCGGAGUCCUCCGAGGAGUCCCAGGUGGACCCCGUGGCCCAGCAGGCGGUUCUCCAGGCCGUGCGCCGCAACUUCGGCGACUUCGGCGGCCGCAAGCGCACCAACCUGCGCUUCGUCGCCUAG